UUACAGACUGCUGCACGACUCCGCCAGAAGACAACCAUACGCAUCUCGUCUCGAACAACAAACCACCAUGGCCCUCCACCGGACCAGUUUAUUAAACCAAAUGGAUUAUAGUCGGGAGUCUAAAGAAGGGAAGCCGUCUCAGUCGACCGAGGAGCGGCUCGACAGCGGUCUGGAUUCGUUGAAAGAGGAGGAGUACCAGGCUGUGGCGGCCGAGAUCCGUCGGCUCCAGGUGGACUGUGAGCCUCCGCAGCACAAACAACCUCCCGCUGUAACCGGAGAGCUGCACGAAUGGAAAACACAGAUCACAGAGGACGGAGACACGCUGCUCCACCUGGCCAUCAUCCACGAGGCCAAGGACUAUAUCAGAACAAUGAUAGGCCUGUCCAAGAACACAGACUUCCUCAACACACAGAACGACCAGAGACAGACUCCGCUCCACUUAGCAGUAAUAACGAACCAGGCGGACGUGUGUGAGCGUCUCCUGGUGUCCGGCUGCGACCCCACGCUGGUGGACGACAAUGGAGACACGCCUCUUCACAUCGCCUGUCGCCAUGGUAACCUGCUGUGCUUCAGCGUCAUCACGCAGAACUGUCAGCCGGAGCAUCUACACAGGGUGAUGGCUGCCUGCAACUAUCAUGGUCAGAACUGCCUCCACUUGGCCUCAGUUCAUGCUUUCCUCUCACUGGUGGAGAACAUGGUGGAUCUGGGAGCUGACAUUAACGCAAAGGAGCAGCGCAACGGUCGCAGUGCACUGCACCUUGCUGUGGACCAGCAGAAUCUCUCACUGGUCAAGCUGCUGCUGAAGAAAGGAGCAGACCCCAACCUCCUGACCUCUGGAGGCCACACCCCCUACCAUCUCACCUACGGUCGUGACGACGACGACAUCAGGAAAGAACUGUACUCACUGACCAAACCUGACCUGAGGGAGCUGCCUGACAGCGAAUCAGACGACAGCGAGGAAGAGGAGGACGAGGAGUCUGAUGAGGAGGUGAGUUAUGACGACAUUCAGUGGAAUGGGCAUUAGCAGGAAACGAGAGAGAGGAAGUUACAGAGGCAGGAGGCUGCGAUGAUGACUGUAAAGGACAAAAGAAAUGGCUCGGCAUGUCUACUGCUUCCCGCAGUAACGUCACAUGAACCCCGAUGGUGUGGGUGACACGGCGCGGGCGUGGCCUCUGACAAAACAGAUGGACAGGCAACUGCAAAGGAGAAUCAAACAGAGACUGAUGGCCGAAUAAACCAAUGAGUCCGCUCCAGGCUGCGGGAGAGCAAAACGCACGCCGAGAUGUGAAUAUACAUGACACACGAUGAUGGGAUUGCUGUAUGAUAAGAGGAUUGCUUGUAUUUUGUGGACGCUGCGAAUCAUUUGUGACAAAAACAUCCAUCCACACAGAUGUACCUGCAACAGCUCUGUUGUAUGAUAUUGUAAAUGCUGUGUAUACAAAGAUGUAUUUUUUAUGGCAGCUGUGUAUGUGUACAGUUGAGCAGGAUGUACAUGUUAGACAGCAAACAGUCCAGCACACUCCAGUUAAAUUAAAAACACUCAUAUUUAACAGUCAUAA